AUGGCACCACCUUCCAGACGCUGCCUCCUUCUGAUCGGUGCACUGGGCGUCUUUGCAUUUGACCGCUUCACACAAGGUCAAAAGAACAGCACACUAAUUUUCACAAAGGAAAACACCAUCCGGAACUGCAGCUGCUCUGCAGACAUCCGGGACUGUGAUUACAGUUUGGCCAACCUGAUGUGCAGCUGUAAAACUGUCCUGCCUUUUGCAAUAGAGAGAACCAGCUACCACGGCCAUCUGACCAUCUGGUUCACAGACACAACUGCGCUGGGCCGCCUGUUGAACUUCACACUAGUCCGGGACCUGAAGCUUUCCCUGUGCAGUUCCAACACCCUCCCCACUGAGUACUUGGCUAUUUGUGGGCUGGAGAGACUUCGCAUCAACUCAGAAGCCAAGCAUCCAUCCCCAGAGCAGAGUUUACACAUCCAUAGUGGUGGGGACAGCAACUCCAAAGAGAAGCCAGUGUCAUUACACAAGGGCUGGCAGACAUGUAUGUAUAUAUCAUUCUUAGAUAUGGCUCUUUUCAACAGAGACUCAUCCUUAAAAUCAUAUAGUAUCGAAAACAUUGCUAGCAUUGCCAACAACUUUCCUGACUUUUCUUACUUUAAAACCUUCCCAAUGUCAAGCAACAAAAGCUAUGUGGUCACAGUCAUUUACUAA